AUGUCCAAAUUCGGUGUUCUGGUGAUGGGCCCGGCGGGGGCAGGCAAGACCACUUUCAGCAAUGCCUUGAUUCAACACCUCCAGAGUACACGCCGCAGCUGCUUCUACGUCAACCUAGAUCCUGCCGCCGAGAACUUUGCCUACCAGCCGGAUCUGGAUAUUCGAGAAUUGAUCACGCUUGAAGAUGUGAUGGAAGAGCUGGGACUGGGUCCCAACGGGGGUCUGAUCUACUGUUUCGAGUUCCUUCUCCAGAAUCUGGAAUUCCUCAACGAAGCUCUCGAUCCCCUCAGCGAGGAAUACCUCAUCAUCUUCGAUAUGCCCGGCCAGAUCGAGCUGUACACCCACAUCCCCCUGCUCCCGUCAUUAACGCAAUUCCUCUCCCGGCAAGGACCCUUGAACAUCAACUUGUGCGCCGCCUACCUGCUCGAAAGUACCUUUGUCGUGGACAAGGCCAAAUUCUUCGCCGGAACCCUCAGCGCCAUGUCCGCCAUGUUGAUGCUGGAGAUCCCUCAUGUGAAUAUCCUGAGUAAGAUGGAUCAGGUCAAGGAUAUGGUCUCCCGUCGAGAACUGAGGAGAUUCGCCAACGUGGAUGUGCAACUACUGCAGAAGGAGGAGGACGAUGAUGUGGCAGCUGCCGCCAACCCCAUGGCGAAAGACGCCCUGAUGAGUGGCGGCUCCUUCAAUCAACUCAAUCGGGCUGUGGCGCAGCUCAUCGACGAUUUCAGCAUGGUCUCCUUCCUGCAGCUGGAUGUGUCGGAUGAGGACAGUGUGGCAGGCGUCCUGAGCCACAUUGACGAUGCCAUUCAGUACCACGAGGCUCAGGAGCCGAGAGAACCCAAGGACGAACAAGAAGUGAACUACGAGGAGUGA